GACAUUUUUCCCCUUUUAAAACCCUCUCUCCGAGCUCGGCGAGAUCAGAGGAAGUAAAUUAUGCAAUCGGAGAUGGCGAUAGACACGGUGGCCACGGCGGAGAAAUCACCACUAGAGCUACUUCAACAAACCAAAGCCUCCGUCGAAGCAAUCAUAGCAAAGAUGCUCUCCAUCAAGCAACAAGGAACCCCUAAAUCCGAGAAUCGAGAACUCCUCACUCAGAUGUUUCUCAACUUCAUCAAUCUUCGUCAAGCGAAUCGCUCGAUUCUUAUAGAAGAAGAGAAAGUGAGAACAGAAACGGAAAUAGCAAAAUCUCCGGUGGAUUUCACGACGUUGGAGCUUCACAAUCUCAUGUAUGAGAAGAGUCAUUACCUCAAAGCUAAUAAAGCUAGUAGAGAUUUCAAAUCUAGGUAUCCAAACAUCGAUCUCAUAUCCGAACAAGACUUCUUCAGUGAUGCUCCCGAAGCAAUCAAAUCUCAAACGUUAUCAAAUGAUAGUUCUCAUGAUUUGAUGCUUAAAAGACUCAAUUUUGAGCUUCAUCAGAGGAAAGAGCUAUGCAAGCUUAGAGUGAGGUUGGAGCAACAGAAGAAGAGUUUACUUGAAAGUAAUGCGGAGAGGAACAAGUUUCUGUCAAGUCUUCCAGUGCAUCUCAAAUCUCUAAAGAAAGCAUCUUUGCCAGUACAGAGCCAGUUGAGUUUGCAGAAUCAGAAGAAGCUGAAGUAUCAUAAUCUAGCUGAGCUUCUUCCUCCGCCGCUUUAUGUUAUAUAUUCGCAGUUCAUGGCACUGAAGGAAGCUUUCGAAGAGAAUAUCGAUGUUGAGGUAUCUGGGAGUCUUAAGGAUGCUCAAACUUAUGCGCGGCAGCAAGCAGAACAGAACUCAGAGAGUCUAAGAUUAGAGGUUGGUGUUGAUGAAGAAAGGCAAAGGAAACGACUCAAGAAAGUGGGUUCUGAUGAGGGAGGAGUAUAUCAAGUUCAUCCUCUUAAAGUUGUCCUUCAUGUUUAUGAUGACGAGAUUACAGAUCCGAAAUCUCAUGAACUUGUCAUGCUCAAGUUUGAGUACUUGUUGAAGUUGAAUGUUGUAUGUGUUGGCAUUGAAGAGUCUGAGGAUGGACUUGAGAAAAAUAUACUAUGUAACUUAUUUCCAGACGAUUCUGGACUUGAGCCUCCUCAUCAGUCAGCCAAGCUCAUUCUUGGCAACGAUCAUGUGUUUGAUAAAAGCAGAACUUCGAGGCCAUAUAAGUGGGCACAACAUUUGGCGGGGAUUGAGACUUUACCUGAAAUGUCACCAUUUUUUACUGACAAGGAUAUUCAAUAUAGUGAUACAGCUAAAGGCUAUGCUUCUGCUUCUGAUCACCGCAAUGUGCAAACCGUUCUGCAAAGAAUACGGUCCCAGAAAAAGACUAAGCUAACGCUUGUGUGAGUCACACCACUCAGUAUGUUUUUUCCCAUCUUUUGACAGUAGUAGAAGUUUUUCAUAUUUGUAAGUCAGUUAGUUCUUGGUAUCUGAAACAAACAUAAUGAUGAGGGAGGACUAUAUCAAAUUCAUCAUCUCAAAGAGUUGUCCUUCAUGUUUAUGAUGAAACAAACAUAAUGAGAAGAGU